AUGUCGUCCGUCUACCAGGCACAGGGCAAGCCGUUGUCGCAGCAGGCAAUCUACCAGCAGAAAUUGAGACUGGGCCACUUCAACAGCCCCAGCAAGCCGUCCGUGGGCGUGGCCUCGAGCGCCUCGGACGCCGCGGCGUUGUUGGCCGCGUCCACCGAUUUGAGCGUCAAGCCCUCGUACGAGCGCUUGCGUGCCGCUCCAGAGGCACACACCGCGGCGUCCUCCGUCAACAUGAACAAGGCCCGCGAGCCUGUGCCGGAGCCCGCGGCGAACCCCGACUUGGGCGUGCCGCUGUCCUACAACAGAGGCUCCGUGUACAAGCAGGCGCACACCAACUCCACGUCCACCAUGACCCUGAGGAUCUCGCCCGAGAAGUUGGUGUCCAAGCACGGCUUGGUGUCCAAGCCCUCGCGCGCGUCCACGCUCGACUACGGCAAAAUCUCCCUGGUAGCAGACAAGAACUCCUCCCUGUUGUUGGACAAGCGCUUCAACCCGGGCCAGGACAACCGCUCCGGGCUUGCUUCCAAGCCCAUCGAGGACUCCACCCGCAACGCGGGCUUGCUGGCUGCCCAGUCGGCCGGCCGCUCGGUGACCAUGAAGCACGGAGCGGGCUACACCGACUCCGUUUCGUCCCAAAAAAGCUCGCUGACCUUCCAAGCCGCCGAUGUCGUCGACGCCGCGUUGUUGGCUGCGGCCAGCGCCAAGGCCAAGGAGAGAUUGAGCCCAACAAACGCAAUCAACCUGUCGGACUUGCGGGAGCAGGCUCAAUUGUACAGCAAGGCGUUGGCCACCGCGCAAAAGAACUCAGAGGAGAGGUUGAAAGCCCACAACUCGGGCAUGAUCGACUUGGGCGGAGGCUUAUCUUUGCCAGCCUCUGAGGUGGACAAGUUGGCCAACUUGAUUGUUCAGCCGGUGUUGGACGAUCUCAACACGAAAGCCAGUUCUCAACGGGAGUUUGAGCAAGCCCAAGACUUCAAGCAGUCCGAGCUCAAGUUGUUGCAUCUCAAGGCGAAGAAGGACGAGGAGAACCAUAGACAUUCGGUGAAAGUCCAGCGCUUAAAGGAGAAGGACCAAAGGGUUUUGGCAAACGAGGAAAGGAAGAAGGGCGAGGAUGACCAAUUCGUCGAAUACCAGACGGAACAGAAUACUUUGGUUGAUACCAAGACACAAGAGUUGCGUGAUUUGCAAGCGAAGUUCGCCGAGGAGAAGACCGUCUUGUUGACGGAGAAGCAAGAAAAUGAAGAUCGCAUUGCUGAAGAAGAAGCAGGUUUGAUCAAGGGUCGUAAGGAGGAAUUGGAGUCAAUGCAAAACGAGAAGGAUGAGAUCUUAAAACCAACUCUUGAUGAAUUGACCAUCGAGAAUGAGAAGUUGAAAAAUUUAACCGACACGAAGGACCAGUUGACCAGUGAGGUCCGCAGCGGUGAAACUUUCAAGGCCGAAUAUGAAGCCAAGAUCAAGGAGUUGAAAGAGAAACUCGAGCUGGUCCAGACCAACAUUGAAGCCACUACUCUGGAGCACCAGGAGUUCUUUGCUAAGCGCGAGGCUACGGACAAAGAGGUCAAGGAGUUGGAAGAGUCCACUGGGCACGCUUUGCAGGAGAUCGAUAACAAUCACAAGGAAUUGCACGGCGAAAUUGAAGCUUUGAGCAAAGAGAAGGAAGACAAGAUUGCCACGAAGGCUAAUCACAAGAAGGACAUCCAUCUGCAAGUUGAUGACUUGGUCAAGGGGGAGCACGAGGUCAAUAAGCAUCUCCCAGAGCACAUGCGAGAGUCUAUCGACGAGGAUAAGAUUCGUGACAUGGGGUCCCUUUUUUCCUCCGAUGAGGAGAAGGAAACCAAGAAGGAGACUAAGAAGGCAGAGCCAAAGGAGGCGAAAAAGGAGGUGACACCGGUACCUGUCAAAAGCGAACCUGUCAAAAAAGUGGAGGCUAGCCCCAAGAACUCCUCGAAAAAAAAAGGAUUCAGAGCUAGACUCAAGAGUGCUUUCCAGCCCCCAGUCGCUUCAAAACAGGACGUCAAGACCCCCAAGGAGAGCAAUGCCGCUUCCUCGAAAACAGUGAAGGCUGACAGACAGGAAUCGAUUUCCACAAGCAACUUCGAUGAUGAAAUCUCGAUCCGGGGGAAUCAGAAUACAAAGGGACAUUUCAAAGAGGAGAUUUGA